AUGUCUGAAGUCAUUGAAGCAGAGAUUCAGACAUGGAUUUCUAAUUAUAAUCAAAUAAAUGAAAUGUUGCAAUGGAUUCAAUCAGAAAAUGCUUCACCAAGAGACAACAAGUUAAACGAAAAAGAUGGGGUGUUGGAUAAACUUAGACCGAUGCCUUGA